UACUCCCCGUCUUAGUCGAAGCGCCAAUCGCCAAUUGUCCUGCGCCCGUAUUUCAAAAACCGAACGCGAGCAAACAGAACAAUAAUCAUAAUAUUAAUAACAAGAAGAAGAAGAAGAAGUAGAAGAAACAAAACAAAGUGGCCAAGUGCAAGAAAUUUGAAUCGGGGGGUUGGGCGCAAGGCGUGCGCGCGCGCAACGAAAAAAUUUACGAACUUUUUGAACUUGCAUAUUGUCUACUGAUUUGUGCUUAAUGUUGUAUCAAUUUUUGUUCUGUUAUUGUGCCAAACGUGUUUUAAAUACAAUACCUAAAUACAAUUACUAGGCAACGAAUUUUAUAAAGUGAGCAAACGAAAAAUCAAUUUCAAAUCAAAUUAAUCAAAACGAUGGCCAAGCUAAAUACCAGGGAGGCCAAUGCCUUGGCCACAGCAACGGGCACUGUGAACACAGCCACAGCGGCAGGAACAACACCAACAACAACGACAAAGUGCACCACAGCAGCAGAAGCAGCAGCAACAACCACACAAGGAGCCACAGUAACUAUAACAACAGCAUCAGCAGCAGCAGCAACAACAACAACAGCAACAGGAACGGCACCCACCAACAACAUCACAUAUAAAAAUGCGCCAGCAAGUCUUUGCUGCAAUUUGCGUAACCUGCUCAUCAUCUGCCUGCUGUGCCUGUCCACCCUGGUGCUGACAGUUCAGGCGCGGCGCCAUCCACCGCUCAUGCUCGAGGAGGCCGACACUGGACGACGUACCAAUAGACCAGCGGUAACGGAAUGCCAAUUUGGCAAGGUUCUUCGCGAGCUCGGCUCCACUUGGUAUGCGGAUUUGGGACCGCCGUUUGGUGUCAUGUAUUGCAUCAAGUGUGAAUGUGUAGCGAUACCAAGAAAACGUCGCAUUGUUGCACGCGUGCAAUGUCGCAAUAUUAAAAACGAAUGCCCCCCAGCCAAAUGUGAUGAUCCGAUUUCAUUGCCCGGCAAAUGCUGCAAAACGUGCCCCGGCGAUCGUAAUGAUACGGAUGUUGCCCUGGAUGUGCCCGUGCCCAUUGAAGAGGAGGAGCGCAAUAUGAAACACUACGCUGCGCUGCUAACGGGACGCACAUCAUUCUUUCUGAAGGGCGAGGAAAUGAAGUCCAUGUACACCACCUACAAUCCACAGAACGUGGUCGCCACCGGUCGCUUUCUUUUCCACAAGAAGAACCUUUACUAUUCGUUCUACACAUCGGCGCGCAUUGGACGUCCGCGUUCCAUACAAUUCGUUGAUGAUGCCGGUGUUAUUCUAGAGGAGCAUCAACUGGAGCCAACGUUGAGUGGCACACUGAGCGUCUAUCAGAACGCCACCGGCAAAAUUUGUGGAGUCUGGCGCCGUGUUCCAAGAGACUAUAAGCGUAUUCUGCGCGAUGAUCGUCUCCAUGUGGUUCUCCUCUGGGGUAACAAGCAUCAGGCGGAACUAGCACUGGCCGGUAAGAUUGAUAAAUACACGGCAUUGCAAACGGAGCUCUUCAGUUCGCUAUUGGAGGCACCACUAACGGCAAAUGGCAAACCAGAUCCCCAGCUAGCUGGCGCUGGUGGCACAGCCAUUGUGUCCACAAGUAGUGGCGCUGCUUCCUCUAUGCACCUGACCCUGGUCUUCAAUGGUGUCUUCAGUGCUGAAGAAUUUGCGGAUGCCCAACUAAAUGUCCGUAUUGAACUGGCUGAGCGCAAGGAACUGAUCUUCGAUGAGGUGCAACGUGUACGUAAGCCUUCGGCCGAGAUAAACGUGCUUGAGCUAUCCUCACCCGUUUCGAUCCAAAAUCUACGUCUAAUGUCACGCGGCAAGCUGCUCCUAACCGUGGAGUCGAAAAAGCAUCCCCAUCUGCGCAUCCAAGGCCACAUUAUUACGCGAGCCAGCUGCGAGAUCUUCCAGACCUUGUUGGCACCACAUGGCGGAGAGUCGGCCAACACACGAAGCAGUGGCUUGGCUUGGGUUUACCUUAAUACGGACGGAUCGCUCGCGUACAACAUCGAAACGGAUCAUGUCAACACUAAGGAUCGUCCCAGCAUCAGUCUGAUCGAGGAUCAGGGCAAGCGAGCAAAGGGCAAAUUGGAGGAUCUGACGCCCAGUUUCAAUUUCAAUCAAGCCACUGGCAGCGUUGAGAAGCUAGGCCCUAAAGUUUUGGAAUCGCUGUACGCUGGUGAACUGGGCGUUAAUGUGGCAACGGAGCAUCAGACCAGUCUCAUCCAUGGUCGUCUUGUUCCGCGACCCGUUGCCGAUGCUCGCGACUCGGCCGAACCAAUACUGCUUAAGCGUGUGGAGCAUGCGCAAAGCGUUUCCCCGCACGCCAUGGGCAUGGCCUGGAUGUCAAUUGAUAACGAAUGUAAUCUACACUAUGAGGUGACUCUAAACGGCGUCCAUACACCGCAAGAUAUGCAAAUCUAUCUGGAGGAGAAGCCCAUUGAAGCGAUUGGUGCACCAGUGACACGUAAACUACUCGAGGAAUUCAACGGAUCGUAUAUGGAGGGCUUCGUCCUGGGCAUGCCCUCAUUGGAGCUGAUCAAGUUGGAGACUAGCGUAUGCUAUCUGGAAGUGCAUACAAAGCACAGCAAGGAGUUGCUUUUGCGUGGCAAAUUGAAGUCCACCAAGGUGCCUGCCCACUGUUUCCCCAUCUACACGGACAAUAAUGUUCCCGUGCCGGGCGAUCACAAUGACAAUCAUCUGAUCACCGCCGAGACGAAAUGCUUCCAUUCGGGUCGCUUCUACAACGAGUCCGAGCAGUGGCGCAGUGCGCAGGACACUUGCCAAAUGUGCGCCUGUCAACGGGGCCAUGCCACCUGCGAACCCAUCAAGUGCCCGGCCGUAAAGUGCAAGACAGCCAGCGAGGAGUUGGUACAGCGGGAGGGUGAAUGCUGUGCCACCUGCAUGCCUAAGCGCAGCUCUGUCGGAUCCGAACUGCUACUGAGCAACAGCAGCGACUCCGUCCAGCAGUCGAAACGGGGCUGCCGCCUGGGCGAUCAGUUCCAUUUGGCCGGCGCUACUUGGCAUCCAUUCUUGCCGCCGAAUGGCUUCGACACUUGCACCACCUGUAGCUGUGACCCCUUGACUUUGGAGGUGCGCUGCCCUCGCAUGGUCUGCCCACCGCUUCAUUGCUCGGAAAAGUUGGCCUAUCGUCCGGACAAAAAGGCCUGCUGCAAAGUCUGUCCCGAGGGCAAACAAAGUGCGAGAGGCGACAAGACGACGCCCAAUAAUCCAAAUGUGCUGCAGGAUCAGGCGGUGCAUAGAAGCGCGGCGCACAGUGCCGAGGAAGUGCUAGCCGCUGGCGGCUGCAAGGUGGUUAACAAGAUAUACGAGAAUGGACAGGAGUGGCAUCCCGUGCUCAUGUCGCAUGGCGAGCAAAAGUGCAUCAAAUGCCGUUGCAAGGACUCCAAGGUGAACUGCGACCGCAAGCGCUGCUCCCGCUCCACAUGCCAACAAACGCGAGUGUCACAAAAGCGUCGUAUCUUCGAGAAGCCCGGCAGCGAGGCAGCAGCACCCAUCGACGAGUGCUGCUCAACGCAAUGUCGCCGAUCGCGACGCCACCACAAGCGUCAGCAGCAGCAGCAGCAACAUCAUCAGCAGCGUGCAGCCAGUAGCUGAAGCAGCAGAAUCAGCAACGUCAGCAGCAGCAGCAGAAGCAGCAGUAGCAGAGGCAACAACGACGGCAACGGAAGCCGUUGAUUUGGCAAAAGAAAAUAAUGUGAAAAGUAAAACCACUUUGGACUUGCUUGCAUAUAACAUAUAACAGCUAUGUAUGUAUAGAUCGGGUGCGAUUUCGAUAUAUAUAUAUAGUAUACAUGUAUACAUGUAUAUAUGUAUACUGCUACAAUAUAC